UGGCAGCACGAGCAUGACGAGUGCUUGGAAGUUCAUGAAUUUUGUCAAGAAGUGAAGUCGUUUCAAAGACAUUUCAAGAUGUGUGGAAUAUUUGCAUACCUGAAUUACAAGACCCCGUGUACCAGGAAACAGAUUCUGGAAAUUCUCAUCAAUGGACUAAAGCGACUUGAAUACAGAGGAUAUGAUUCUGCGGGUGUGGCAGUUGAUGGAGGGAAUGAGUGUAACUGUAAAUAUGCCCCGAUGAGGCUGAUCAAGAAGAGAGGGAAGGUCUGCAUGCUCGAUGAGGAGAUCCAAAUGCAAGAAGACUUGAAUUUCGACCUUGUGUUUGAUACCCACUGUGGCAUUUCUCACACCCGUUGGGCGACUCACGGUGAACCGAACGCAGUCAACAGCCAUCCACAAAGAUCUGACAAGGAGAAUGAGUUUGUUGUUGUCCACAAUGGCAUCAUCACCAAUUACAAGGACAUCAAGGCAUUUUUGAUUAAAAAAGGCUAUGAGUUUGAGUCGGAAACUGAUACAGAAGUCAUGCCGAAGCUGAUGAAGCAUUUCUGGGACACGCACAAGAAUGACCCGAACAUCACAUUCCGAGAAUUGGUGGAAAUGGUCAUUCAGCAGUUGGAGGGAGCAUUUGCCCUAGCGUGUAAGAGUCGGCAUUUCCCUGGAGAAUGUGUCUGCACAAGACGCGGAAGUCCUCUCUUGGUGGGUGUGAAGAGUGAUACAAGGUUGUCAACAGACCAUAUCCCUGUCAUGUACAGUAAAGAUGUCAUGGAGCUUGAUUCAGAGCAAGACUUGACAAGCAAAGCCUAUCAUAAUCAUCACUUACCGGAAGAUAUAGGUUGCGGAGCUGGUUUUUCUCAGGGAUAUCGGGUUGUUGGUCCACUUUUUCUUGCCCAAGCAGAGGUUGUUGACAGUGAUGAUCAUCGCGGCAUGCUCCAGGCUCCAACAGGGCUGCAACGCGUGGAGAGUACAACAGAGCUGACCCCUAUUGGUGACGCAAAAGAAAUUGAAAUUUUCUUUGCAUCUGACGCCAGUGCUAUUAUUGAACACACAAACCAAGUGAUCUUCCUUGAAGAUGAUGACGUCUGUGCGGUGGUCGAUGGUGUCCUGUCCAUCCAUCGAUUAAAGCGCAACCUGGAAGAUUCACAUAUCAGAGAAGUGAUCACAUUGAAGAUGGAGUUGCAACAAAUCAUGAAAGGAAACUAUGGGUACUUCAUGCAAAAGGAGAUCUUUGAGCAGCCAGAGUCUGUCGUCAACACGAUGAGAGGGCGGGUCAACUUUGAAACAUAUGAGGUCGUCCUCGGAGGGAUCAAGUCUUAUGCCGGCGAGAUCAAGCGGUGUAGAAGACUGUUAUUCAUUGCCUGCGGGACAAGUUACCAUAGUGCCGUUGCUACACGACAACUGUUGGAAGAGCUGACUGAGUUGCCAGUGAUGGUGGAACGUGCCAGUGACUUCCUUGACAGGAACACGCCCAUAUUUAGAGAUGAUGUCUGCUUUUUCAUCAGCCAGUCAGGUGAAACUGCUGACACACUAGUGGCACUGAGAUACUGCAAGGCAAAAGGUGCCCUGAUCCUUGGCAUUACCAAUACUGUUGGCAGUAGCAUAUCAAGGGAGUCGCACUGUGGUGUACAUAUCAAUGCUGGACCUGAAGUCGGGGUGGCAAGUACAAAGGCAUACACGAGUCAGUUUAUUUCACUGGUUAUGUUUGGACUGAUGAUGUGUGAGGACAGGAUAUCUAUGCAGGGGAGAAGGAAGCAGAUCAUUGAUGGUCUCAAGAGUCUUCCAGGCUUGAUCGAUGAGGUGCUGAAAAUGGACAACCAGAUUCAUACUCUUGCCCAGGAGUUAUACCAACAGCGCAGUCUACUCAUCAUGGGACGAGGUUACAAUUAUGCUACAUGUCUUGAAGGUGCUUUGAAAGUGAAGGAGUUGACGUAUAUGCAUUCUGAAGGUAUUUUGUCUGGAGAGUUGAAGCAUGGCCCACUGGCCCUAGUUGAUAAAGCGAUGCCAAUCAUGAUGAUAGUCACCAGGGAUAAUACAUAUGAGAAAUGCAUGAAUGCAGUGGAACAAGUCCAGGCUAGAAGUGGUCGGCCCAUUUUGAUAUGUGACAAGGGCGAUGCAACGACUGUGUCUCACGGCUCCAAGGUCAUUGAGGUGACCAGGACGGUAGAUUGCCUCCAGGGCAUCUUGACAGUGAUUCCCUUGCAACUGCUUUCAUUCCAUAUAGCCGUUCUCCGAGGUUAUGAUGUUGACUGCCCACGAAACUUGGCCAAGUCUGUCACUGUGCAGUAACAUCAUGAACAAAACAAGCUGCUGAAACUCCAGAAGGAGAAGGGAAAACAAGUUGACAUCACAAAGCUCAGCUUGAUUCAGUGUACUAUUUUCCUAUCAUAGCAUCCUGCAGCUGUGCAUGCGGUUCUCGGCUUUUACUUUACACUAUGACCAAAGGAUUCUUGCCUUUAUAGGUAAACAGUUCAAAUGCUGCUCUUUGCCUCUGCUUCAAACACAUCUUUUUUAUUGCAAGUACAUGUAUUACUUCACUUUAGUGCAAUAAAUGAAAUGAAAUUUUCUCACAUGUGGGUACAAUGUCUUAGUGAAAGCAUUCUGAGUUAUCUUGAUGUUUACUAAAAGAAAUAGAGUGUGUUUCUGCCUCGCAGCUGCGACAGAAAAGAUCUGUACUUCAUAUAUAUUCAUAUAUAUAUACGCAUAUAUCAUUUUUGGAGUCAAUUUAUUGUUCUUUGUCAAUGAUCUUCUUCUGGUCUUUGAGUUUGCUUUCACAGCCUCUAUUUGAUUCAAAUGUAUUCUUCCUCUGAGUUAGUUGAACCUGCAGACUUUUUAGUCAGUCAGGCGUUUGCUAAAAUUUGUUGAAAUUGAGAUGAUGAACUGUUGACCAGCAGAAGCAUUGAUGUUGGCUUUUGCCUUUGCACCUGGAAAGCUUUUGCGACAUUCCUUCUAAAAGUAUGUUAUCGAGGAGGUAAUAGUGGGUCACUGCACAUAGAGAAGCAUUGUAGGAUGCUGGUGUACUAAUGUAUAGGGGACCCACUGUCGGCUCCUCGAUAACAUACUACGUACCUUAAAGGACAAGUUGUGAAUGAAUAAAUCCCUCCCCCUUUAAUAUAGAAGGGGAGCCACCUACAAAACAGAAAGAGGAGACAUGUUUACAGACAUUUCUAGUUCAUUUUCUGUAUGGUAGGUGGCACCCCUACUAUAAGGAGGGUACAUUUAUACAACAUUUUUGAUUCUCUUCCGUCUGUCGAAGAGCUAACAAAUUUUGCUAACGAGGUGCCGGUCCUCUUUGUCAAAAAAGAAGACAUCCAAUAAUAUAAAUGUAAACAAAUGAUAAUGAUGUGGAAAGAAGGUUGCUCAAUACUUAAUUUAUGUAAUGUAUACUUGAGAUUAAUGCUUCAAAACUUGUGUGAAUUUAGCAUGUGUCAGUUUGUGGUGGAAUGUCUAUAUAUGACUUCUAUUCUUGCCUCCUUCUUUCUGAUAAAUAAUCCUAUCCCAUUGAUUCAGAAACUUGUAUGUUUUGACCUGUCGGCAUGGUUGAGGGCCAAAGUAGUUCAGACGUUGAUACAGUGAACCAUCAAAUUGGGUUAGGUGGUCCAUAUAUUCAGUUCAAUCAAAGUCGCGGUGUGGCAAUACUGAGAAACACAGUGGGAGUUCGUUUGCUGCAGCAGUUUGGCACCGAGUUGGUGUCGACGAUUGUCACUUCUGACACUUCUCCCAUUUUGUCGAUGAUCAUAGCUUGGUUUACAAAUGCAAAUAGUUGUAUAGUUAGCUAAUUUGAAACUAUCAAUUAUGUGCAUUUGGAGCCAAAACCCUGCCAAAGGAAUGACAAAAAAUGCGUGUAAAAUCAAGGGGUCGUAUGUGAAUUUUCUUUGUUUUGAGAAAAUAGAUUACAUGCAGGUUGUUUUGGCUUUCAAAUAUUAAAAUGUUCUUUUUUCACCAAAACCCAAUGAUUAUAUUGCCAAUGGACAAAUGGCUGCACUAUCAUUCAAUUUAUUUACCACUUCAUGAAAACGACACGUCUCAUCAUAUGGGUAAUGUUAUAAUAUGAUUAACUCCAAAAUGUUUAAUAUGACGUACAUCUCGUUUUCGAUGACAAUCUUCUUGAUAAACCUACUGAAGUAUUCUAUUAAUAGGUAUUAGUAUGAAGUCCGAUGGUUGGAUAAGGUGUAGGUGAAGUAGAACCUUUCAGUCUAUCAGUAUUCAUAUUGGGAAGGCAAUAAACUUAACUGUCAGUACAACAUACAUUCUGGGCUCUAGGAGAGAAAUCUUCUUGGUGAAAUAGGAGAUGAGAAGUUCUGUGAGUGAAUUUUCUACUAUUCAGAGGUUUGAAAAAAUUGGUAAUGGGCAAAAUUAGCUCAAUAUAAUUAUAAACCUGUCUCUAAUUGCAGUGAUAUAGUGUAAAUAUUCUAUCUGUAAAUAACAUUCACUAUUUCUUAGUUGAAUCACCAGUGAAUUAAAUGAAAUGGCGAAAGGUUCAAAAUUCUCAUUCUCGAAACUUAGUUUCAAGGUGAUAAUGCAAUGUUCAGCUGAAUUGUAUAUGGCUGAAAAGUUCACUGAAUUGUAUAUCGCUGAAAAGUUCACUGAAUUGUAUAUGGCUGAAAAGUCUUGCUAAUGAGAAUGCUAAUUAUUACAUGUAUCAUAUAAAAGGGAGUAUAAGUUCAAUUAUGAUAUUAAUUUAUUGUAGAAAUACCUUAGGUAAGGUUUAAAAUGUUAAUGACAUAGAUGCUCACCCAGUGGUCAUAAAUCGGUUUAGAAUCUAUUUCUUGUCAUUCAGAGGAGCAUUACACUAAAUACAGUGAGUUGUUACUAAAAACUUGCAUUGACAGAUUAAUAAACAAAGAGUAAUAUAUAAUUGCAUUGGAAUUAAAGAUGCACCAUGCAAUGACAUGUACACACCAGUUAAAGAGGAAAAACCGGCUGGGCCGAAGAAGGGCACAUCCACCCCUCAAUCCACAAUGCCAAUGGGAAAUACACGUACAUGCUGAGCAUUCCAAAUGGGUGCCUGAUUCACUUGUAUACAAGUAGAUUAAUCCAUACUUGAUUACAUGCAUGUGUAUGUUAUUUUGUUUUGUUUUCCAAACUUUCUCAUCUCACUUCAAACCUGCUUAAUAUAUUAGAAAAUAUUUUCUGAAUAAUAAAUAUCUUCUUGGGUAUAAAGGAA